CUCUCCAUUCUCUAUUGCCCAUCUCCCCCAACCUGCCAGAAGGCGCGUGGCAGCCGGCAGGAAAAUGUUCCUUUCCCACCUCCGAGUAAGGCCAAGCCUGCAGUGUCAACCGCCCCCCUGGACCCAGUCAGUCCAUCGUAUUAAUUGUACACUCACCGUUGGGUGCAGAACGCUACACUGAGCACUGGGGAGAGUACAGCACAGUGCACCAGGCAGGGACCUGCCCCUCCACGUCGGUAAACAUGAACUGACCGGGCACAAAGUGGCCGUGAAGAUCUUGAACCGUCAGAAGAUCCGGAGCCUCGAUGUAGUGGGCAAGAUUCGCCGGGAGAUUCAGAACCUCAAGCUCUUCAGGCACCCUCAUAUAAUUAAACUGUACCAGGUCAUCAGCACACCGUCUGAUAUUUUCAUGGUGAUGGAGUAUGUCUCGGGAGGAGAGUUGUUCGAUUACAUCUGUAAAAAUGGAAGGCUGGACGAGAAGGAGAGUCGCCGCCUAUUCCAGCAGAUCCUCUCUGGGGUGGACUACUGUCACAGACAUAUGGUGGUCCACAGAGACCUGAAACCUGAAAACGUACUGCUCGAUGCUCACAUGAAUGCAAAAAUAGCCGAUUUUGGUCUUUCAAAUAUGAUGUCAGAUGGAGAAUUUUUAAGAACAAGCUGCGGCUCCCCCAACUAUGCAGCACCAGAAGUAAUUUCAGGAAGGUUGUAUGCGGGUCCAGAAGUCGACAUAUGGAGCAGUGGAGUGAUUCUCUAUGCGUUAUUGUGUGGUACCCUUCCAUUUGACGACGACCACGUGCCAACUCUCUUUAAGAAGAUAUGUGAUGGCAUCUUCUAUACUCCUCAGUACUUGAAUCCUUCCGUGAUAAGCCUUCUGAAACACAUGCUGCAGGUGGACCCCAUGAAAAGAGCCACGAUCAGAGACAUCAGGGAACACGAGUGGUUUAAGCAGGACCUCCCGAAGUACCUCUUUCCCGAGGACCCGUCGUACAGUAACACCAUGAUCGACGACGAAGCCUUGAAAGAGGUGUGCGAGAAAUUCGAGUGCACCGAGGAAGAGGUGCUCAGCUGCCUGUACAGCAGAAACCACCAGGACCCUCUGGCCGUUGCCUACCACCUCAUAAUCGAUAACCGAAGGAUAAUGAACGAGGCCAAAGACUUCUAUCUGGCGACCAGCCCGCCCGAUUCCUUCCUGGACGAUCACCAUUUGUCCCGCCCCCACCCCGAGAGAGUGCCGUUCCUGGUAGCGGAGACCCCCCGGUCUCGCCACACCCUCGACGAGCUGAACCCUCAAAAGUCCAAGCAUCAGGGGGUGCGGAGGGCCAAGUGGCAUUUGGGCAUCCGGAGUCAGAGCCGACCCAACGACAUCAUGGCCGAAGUUUGCCGAGCCAUCAAGCAGCUGGAUUACGAAUGGAAGGUGGUGAACCCUUAUUAUUUACGGGUCCGACGGAAGAACCCGGUGACGAGCACGUACUCGAAGAUGAGUCUGCAGCUGUACCAGGUGGACAGCAGGACGUACUUACUGGAUUUCCGCAGCAUCGAUGAUGAGAUCAUCGAAGCGAAGUCCGGGACGACAACUCCGCAGAGAUCAGGUUCGGUGAGCAACUAUCGGUCCGGCCAGAAGAACGACUCCGACGCGGAAGCGCCGGGAAAAUCCUCGGGCGCUUCCCUCACCUCAUCCGUGACCUCGCUCGAAUCUCCCACAGCCGACUUAACCUCGCGACCGGGAAGUCACACGAUAGAGUUUUUCGAGAUGUGUGCAAAUCUCAUUAAAAUCCUCGCCCAGUAAAUAGAAAGCUUGCUUAUUUCUUUCACAGCAAUAAGCAUGCGUCAAUCCUAGCCAAAUGCUUCCAUUUAUAAUCCAGUUAGAAUUAAGGCAUCGAGGAGACUAGCCCUUUCCGAAAGCAGUUUGCACAGAGAUUGGAAACGCGUUAGACUUCUAACCUGCCGAAAGGAAUUAGGAUCGUUUUAUUGUCCACCGUUCAGGAAGCCCGGAGUCAAAUACAGGCAUAGUAAGUCUUGGGCUUUUUGAGCUGACUUUUUUUUCUUUUUUAAGUAUUUUGCAUUUCAGGCACCCUGGGCUUUAAAGAGUAUUAUGUUUUCACCAGGAGGUCCUCCUUCACUUUUGUCUUAGGUGUGACAUUUUUGCUUCCCAAAAAGCCGAGAGAUAUUGGUCCAGGAGUUCCAGGAGAUUAAUGAACCUGCUUCAUUGGCCUCAUUAUAUUCCUGAGCUUCAGGCAUUUAUAGAAGAGCUGAAACUCUGUGAGGGCUUGCCUCUUUUAAAAAUAUUUUAGAGUCAGUUAUUUUGAAGAUGUUUCAGAGAUGUGUCCGGUUCUCCUCUCUAGUCGGCGGAGAAAUGUUGGAUGGCUUUGAAACCAUCCAACCGUACAGUACCAUUUUUAAGAACUAAAACACAAGUGUCAAUUUGAGUUCACUUUGUAGGUUGGGCAAAUCCAACUCAGGUGUCACUUCUUAUGCAUUCAGAAACACUCGGACACCGGAUUCUUAGGCGGUCGGUUAGUGCUAGUAUUUUCGGUAAAUGAACUGCGCCAUCGAAACGACUGAAUUGACUUACCCUGGAAACCAAAUCAUUGUGCAGUUUUCUCUGAGUUAAACGAGACGCUCCACUUAAACAUCUUGAUAGCCCGUUUCAGUAUUAAAAUGAAUACGAUUCUCUAGCCAACUGCUUCUGUAUGUAUCUUAGAACUGACCUAAUGCGGAUACCAAUUCAGUUGACCAUUGUAAUGAUGUGGGUUUAAAAAAAAUCUUUGUUCUGAAAAGCUAUCGAGUGCGGUGUGAUCUUUAGGUUUCCUAAAUGUUCUCCUUCCCUGAUAUUGAAAUAAUCUAAGGUUUUGGAUGUUGUUGUUUUUUUAAUUUUUUUUGGAAAGGAACUUGGUGGAAAUGAGAGAGAAUGUUACGCCUUUUAAGAUAUUUAGGAGUAGCUACACCAAAUGCCAAUCCAGAGGCAUUUUGGAGACAUCUGGAAUCACGUGUACUUUAGCGAAUUUAAAUAGCGAACCAUCCCGAUUUGCCUUAUCGCAUAUUUACUUCACCGCGGUUUGGGUCACAGAUACUUGAGGAUUCUUCCAUCUCCACGAGUCUGUUUUUUCUCCAUUUAAGGACUUUCAUCUAUUGGGACUGCUUUAGGUAAAUACAGUAUCAUCUGCCUAAUCAGAGGAAAAUGUAUCCGUUCGAACGUCAUGGCAAUUUGCAUAAGUGGUUGUCAUUACUGUUGUGAAUUUAUCUCCGGCAGUAGAGUAACAAACACUGAGCUGUGGGAGGGGAAAUUCUGGGCUGCAGAUUGUUGUCCAGGGCUCGCUGUAUUUAAACUGAGUUUGGAAGCUGUAUAAAGUAUUAAAGUAUAUGUUUAAAUAGAAGAGUUGAAAUGGCAUCUCUUAUUUCUCUCUGACCCUUUGAAUUUAGAAGCGAAUUUUCACCUCGGGCUCCAAAUGCAGCAUUCUGUUCCUGAAGUAGAGAAGAGAAGAUUGUAUUUUUCGAGUUGAAGCUUUUGAGCGUGUACAUAAACCUAGGGACACUUGUGUCAUCCGAGUGAAAGUGAGCACAGGGAAGAACCAAGAGAAUGGGAAGUUUUCCAAACCCUUCGUUAAUCUUGUAAGGUUUGGUUCGGAAUGAUUUCUCCUUUAAGUUAUUGUGAUCCCAUGUGAUCCCGUCUAGCUGUUCCAGUUUUAUUUUGGAGAUGUCGGAAUAUUGCACUUGUACAAAUAGUAUAAUAAACGCGCACAGCCCUUUUAAUUGCAGUGUAUUCCUUUUCAAGCUGGGAUCUUUGGAAUGGACUCAACUGUUGGCCGCAUAUAUCAAGAUGACACCCUAAAUUUUGACCCGUCUGUUGUAAUUGGCCAAUUCUUACAGCGUUGCAAAUGAUUUUAAAUCUCUUUUUAUGCCUUUUCGGCCAUUUAUAUUUUGGGGGGGCUUUAAGGCAGCUGUGUUUUUACUCUGUCUUGACAGUUGGAGGGUUGAACGGGUUUCUGCCAGAAAUGUACUGUACGCAUAAUUUUUAAAACAAGGUCAAUUUUACCAGUGUGUAAAAAAAAAAAAUAUGGAAAUGAAUGAUUUCUCAUUGAGAGGGACUUUUUUUUUUAACUGGGCCGAGGGGGGAACAGGCACUUAACGUAUCCCAGACAUUCACAUUAAGUGUCGUUCCAUUCAAAUCCACGGUCUUUCGUUUCAUCCUUUUUCUUGAGAUCCAUGCGGUUCGAGUUGCGGGGUGAUUUUUCUGCCGGAAUUUGCCUCCACUGUGGACUGCAUUCUCUGGUGUCGCAGUUGGUCCAAUGAGUGUGGAACUAAUAGGUGAUGCUGUGCACACAGUAAGCACUCAAUAAAUGCUAUCGAUUGAUUGAUUAAGUAGACAGUAGCAAGAUUUAUCUUCACUGCUUUAUGAAGAUGGGUCGGGUGAUUAGGUGUGGCCAAAUAUGUGUAGUUUGGGACUCCCCUCUCUCCCCUCCACCCAGUUUUUCUCUAGCAGGAAAACCAUUUGAUCAUGCUUUCUUCUUCUUGUUUUUUUUUAAAUUAUACUAUUCUGGAUACAUUGAUUGAAAUUCUACAUGCAGCGUACCUUAUGCUGGUAAUGGGGUAGAAACCAAUCUCUGUGGUGCAAUAUUUCUGAGAAAACUUUUACCUGGAUGUUUUUACAAGUGUACUUCAAGAUAGAUUUUCAAAUAAAAUAUUUACUUUGAUUUUGAAUCAUCGUAUACCAGAGCCAAUUGUUCACUUUUGUUCUAAACAAAAUGUGCCUAUUUCUCAAAAAAUUCUGGCAAUAUUGAUUGGAAAAAUGUUUGUUUAUAGCUGUGUAACUGUGCAGUUUUUCUUUUUUAGGGAUAUUGUAUCGAAAUAUAUAUAAAAAAACUCAAAACGUAA